AUGGAGGCGAACCCAAGCGAAAGUGAAAACCCUCCCCCUGAAACCGCUCUUCCAACGAAAAACGAUCCUUAUUCUGUUUCCGAGGAAGUUGUUCCAGCAAGUGACAAGUUUGUUGGGGGCAAGAAACCAUUUGCCGCUAAUUCUAGUGCUGAUGUUAAUUGCUAUAGUGGGGAGUCAACAGCGAGCCGUGAUGAAGUGAUUAAGGUUCUGAAAUUGUACCGUGAGACCCUCAGGAAGCUCUUGAAGGAAAAUAAAGCAAAUCUGAACAAAUGGGUUAACACUGCCAAACGGCUGGGUUCAGUUCCUGGAGUUGAAAUUGGUGAAAAAUUUCAAUGUAGGGCUGAAUUACGCGUAGUUGGCGUUCAUUGUCAGUUUGAGAGAGGAAUAGAUUACAUGAAGAGGGAUGGGAUUAUAGUGGCCACAAGCGUUGUUGCUACCAAUCGGUAUGCCAAUGAAAUGAGAUCGCCUGACGUGUUGAUUUACUGUGGUGAAGGUGGAAACCCAAAUGUUAAAAGUGGAAAACCAAUUAAAGAUCAAGUUCUUGAACGAGGAAAUCAUGCAUGGGAAAAUAGCAUGAAGCAAGUUAACUCCUGUAAGAGUUAUUCUAUCUGAAAUUGUAAGAGGUCUAAGCUAUCUGCUCUUAGAGGUAAUCAACAGAAGAAUUUAGCCACCACAUGUGUUUAUGAUGGCUUAUACAAUGUGGAAAAGUUAUGGCAGGAAAGAGGGGAGUCUGGUAAACUUGUUUUCAAAUAUGGGCCGAGAAGAAUUUCAGGGAAACCGGGGCUAACUCGAGGAUUUCCAGGCACACACAAAAAUGUAGCAUCCCGUAAAAGGGGUCCUUUAAUUAGUGAUAUCUCUGGAGGCAGCGAGAAGAUGCCGAUUGCAGUAGUGAAUGAAGUUGAUGAACAGAGACCUUCAUCAUUUACUUAUGUUGCCAAGGUAACUUAUCUGCGAUUGAACAAUCAUUCUCUGUUAAUUGGUUGUCAUUGUACUAGUCAAUGCUCUAAGUCCGUAGAUUGUAAAUGCAAAAUCGAGAAUGGGCAAGAAUUUCCAUAUGACAAUCACAGGCAUCUUAUUAAGGAAAAGCCCUACGUUUAUGAAUGUGGUAAUUCUUGCAAUUGUUCUGAUUCUUGCAUUAAUAGAGUGAGCCAACAGGGCAUCCAGUUUCAACUCGAGGUGUUCAAGACGAAAUCAAAAGGAUUGGGUGUCAAAUCCAGAUCAUACAUUCCAUCUGGAAGUUUUGUUUGCGAGUAUGUUGGAGAAUUUCUUUCAGCCAAGGAAGCAGAGCAAAGGGUUGGCAGCAGGGAUGAAUAUUUGUUUCACAUAGGAGAUAACUGCCGUGAUCGCAAUUUUAAAGAAGAAUGGAUACCUCUAUACGAAUCUCGUCCUUCAAAUUUCUCUGAGAAAGAUAUUGGAGGUUCUGCUAUUGAUGCAGCUCAAUAUGGUAAUGUUGCAAGAUUCAUUAAUCAUAGUUGUUCUCCUAAUCUCUAUGUGGAAAAAGUCCUCUAUGAUGAUCCUGAAAUACCUCACAUAAUGCUACUUGCCAAGAAGAACAUGCCUCCCUCCAAGGAGUUGACGUAUGAUUACAAGUACAGGUUAGGAGAACUUUGUCAUAUAAAUGGGAAUUUUAAGGCGAAGGAAUGUUUCUGUUCGUCUCUUAAAUGUGUUGGAAAGUUUUACUGAAUAGAAAAAGAAAGGUAUUUUUUUUUGGGUGGACUAUAUGUUUAAUAUCUCACUGUUGCAAAGUGUUGCUGACAUGCAUAGAUAAGUUAGUUUUUUGGGUCGAUAAAAUGUUGAGUGUGUAUAUGGAAUGUAAUGUUGUCUGAGCUAAUGAAAUGAUUAGUAUGUCUGCUCAUGCAUCUUUUUCUCA